AUGUCGCCCAGGACCUCUUACGAUCCCGAACGGGACAUCGACAAGAGCCAUGUCGACAACGUCGAAAUCGUCCCCAAUGCAGUAGCCAACGCCGACAAGCCCAAUCCUCGUAAAGAAGCCCCGGCCUAUGUCGCCAGCCUGUCGCCCGAGGAGCGUCAGAGAGCCGAACGCGCUCUGGUCCGCAAGAUCGAUCUGCGUCUGUUGCCGAUGCUUAUCAUCAUGUAUAUCCUGAAUUACCUGGACCGAAACAAUAUUGCGGCUGCCAAAUUGGCCGGUCUCGAGGAAGACUUGGGCCUGGUGGGAGUGCAAUAUCAGACCUGCGUCAGUAUUCUGUUUGUGGGUUACUUGUUGAUGCAGAUUCCGUCCAAUCUGCUGCUCAACAAGAUCGGUAAACCCGCCCUCUACCUCCCGGGAUCUAUGUUGCUCUGGGGUAUUAUCUCGACAUGCACCGCUGGCGCUCAAAGUUAUGCUGGUCUGGUUGUCGUUCGAUUCUUCCUGGGUUUCGUGGAGGCAGCCUAUUUUCCCGGAUGUCUCUACUUUUUGAGUGCCUGGUAUACUCGCAAGGAACUUGGAUUCCGUACUGCCGCGCUGUACUCGGGUUCUCUCCUGUCGGGAGCCUUCUCCGGUCUCAUUGCUGCCGGCAUCACGAAUGGAAUGGACCACAAAAUGGGACUUCGGUCAUGGCGCUGGCUUUUCAUUAUCGAGGGAGCCAUCACCAUCGUUGUGGCCUUCACCUCUGUCUUCAUCCUCCCCAAUUUCCCACGUACCACUCCAUGGCUCACCGAGGAGGAGAAGCAGCUGGCUGCUUGGCGUCUAGAGGAAGAUAUUGGCGAAGACGAUUGGGUCGAUAGCGAGCAGCAGACCUUCUUGCAUGGUGUCAAGCUGGCCUUCACCGACAUUAAGACCUACCUGUUGAUGCUUCUCAUUCUCGGAAUUGUUUCCUCUGCCUCGGUCACCAAUUUCUUCCCCACUGUUGUGAAGACCCUCAACUACGGCAACAUCGAGACCUUGUGUCUGACCGCCCCUCCCUAUUGUCUGGCCGUCAUCACCGCUUUCACGAACGCCUGGCACGCCGACCGGACGGGUGAGCGCUACUUCCACAUCACCCUACCACUCUACAUCUCCGUGGCGGCCUUCAUCCUCGCUGCCGCCACCACGAGCGUCGCUCCGCGCUACGUGGCCAUGAUGCUCAUGGUCCCUUCCUUCUACGCCAGCUACGUCGUGGCCCUGGGCUGGAUUUCGAGCACCUUGCCUCGUCCGGCCUCCAAGCGUGCCGCAGCCCUGGCAGGCAUCAACUGUAUCAGUAACAUCAGUAGCAUCUACGCGAGCUACAUGUACCCGGACAGCGAUGCUCCGCGUUACGUCACCGCAAUGUCCGUCAACUGCGCCACAGCCUUCCUGGCCAUUCUCGCCGCAACGGCGCUCCGCUUCGUUCUCGUGCGGUUGAACAAGAAACUCGACCGCGGAGAAGGCAUCAGCAGCGGGGAGGUGCCUGGCCAGGCCAGUUCCCGAGGCUUCAGAUUCUUGGUCUAA